AUGUCAAGGUCCGCGACGCCUGCACUACCUUUGCAUAAUGCACCAAUUUCCGAAUCGAGACCCCCGUCUACAACACCGUUACGUCCCAAUGCUCCCUCGUCGACAUCCACGUCGACAUAUUCGCUAUUAGACCCGCAAGAAACGGCGGAACGAUUACAGACAUCCUUCGUCUACGGACUGUCCCCCGCAGAGGCAGAGAUACGGUUAGCACGAGAUGGGCCAAACGAGCUGCCUCACGAGGAGCCAGAGCCCUUGUGGCUUCGGUUUCUGAAGCAAUUCAGGGAGACGCUAAUCCUACUGCUCCUGGGAUCGGCAGCGAUCUCCUUUUUCAUGGGCAACUACGAUGACGCAGUCAGUAUCACUCUCGCAGUAACUAUCGUCGUUACAGUCGGUUUCGUUCAAGAGUACCGAUCGGAGAAAUCGUUGGAAGCAUUGAGCCGUCUCGUCCCUCACUACGCACAUCUCAUUCGAAAUGUCCCAUCGGCCGAUAGCACUACGAUCAACAAUGCUGGCGCUAUGCCGGGCGGGGCAGAGAUGGAACUACAGGAGGUCAGAACAAAGAGUCCGAGUUCGGUUUCCGCUGCAGUCAAGGCGGCUAGUACUGUUCCUGCCACCGAGCUGGUUCCCGGUGAUUUGGUACUGUUCUCGACCGGUGAUCGAAUUCCUGCGGAUAUCCGUAUCACUGCGGCGACAGACCUAUCGAUCGACGAGUCCAACUUGACAGGGGAGAAUGAACCCGUGGCAAAAUACUUCGAUGCACUGCGAAAGGGAAAGGAGAGCCUUGUUGUUGGAUCGCCGAAGAUUGUUACCCCUCCUCGAUCGCCAUUCUACGAUGCACCUGCCAGCGGGGCAGUCGGGGCGGAUAUUCGUCUGAACGAGCAACACAACAUCGCAUUCAUGGGUACGCUGGUGCGGUCAGGCUACGGACAGGGAAUAGUCAUCGCGACCGGUGCUAAGACGGAAUUUGGCAGUAUCUCGGCCUCUCUGCAGGAGAUUGAAAGCCCUCGGACCCCGCUACAGCUAUCGAUGGACCGACUUGGACAGGAAUUGAGCUAUAUGUCUUUCGGUGUUAUUGGUCUGAUUGUGGUGAUCGGGCUGCUACAGGGCAGAAAGCUACUUGAGAUGUUCACCAUCGGUGUCUCGCUUGCUGUGGCAGCAAUCCCGGAAGGUCUGCCGAUUAUUGUGACUGUCACGUUGGCACUGGGUGUGCUACGUAUGGCCAAACGAGGGGCCAUCAUGCGCAGACUGCCUAGCGUGGAAACCUUGGGGUCUGUCAACGUCGUUUGCAGUGAUAAGACCGGUACCUUGACCAUGAACCAUAUGACUGUGACCAAGAUAUGGCAUUUUGACUGUGACGAGGCCUUUGAAGUUCACAGGGACGGUACUGCAUUGGAUCUAGGCCCGGCUGCUCGAACCAUCUUGCGAACUGGAAACAUUGCCAACAACGCCAGACUGUCACGUAUCCAUGCCAACUCGCCUGCGAGUGCAUCCUCUGCCGCAGUGCUCUCGUCUACCGUCGACAGCUCCUCUGGUGCGGUUAAGAGUCGAUGGGUUGGACAACCCACGGAUGUCGCGAUUUUGGACUUGCUGGAUAACUUGGGAGAGGAUGACGUGCGUGAGCGGAUCAGCACGCGUGUUUCGGAAACUCCCUUUAGCUCUGAGCGCAAGUGGAUGGGUGUCAUCAUCGGUGGCACAUCGAGUGAUGCGGAAUUUGCUUAUAUCAAGGGAGCGUUGGAACAAGUCCUCCGACGGUGCGACACUUACAUGACAAAGGAGGGCCGCGAGGUCAUCCUGGACGAGCCACGGCGCAAGACGAUUCGACAGGCAGCGGAGCAGAUGGCAGGCGAGGGACUACGUGUUCUUGCCUUUGCAAGCGGUGCGGUCCGAGAGCUGCCUCGAUACCGACGAAGCACACCUGUUUCUUCUCCGCAUGUGGGCUCCAACGAGGACGAUGAUCGAUACAGUGGCCUGGUUUUUACUGGGUUGGUUGGGAUGAACGAUCCUCCACGCAAGGACGUGCACAAGUCCAUUCGACGGCUGAUGUCUGGCGGUGUACGGGUUAUUAUGAUCACAGGCGAUGCCGAGGCCACGGCCGUUGCGAUCGCCAAGAAAAUCGGCAUGCCGGUCAGCGACAACCCGGUAUCACGGACCGUGCUUGGUGGUGAUGAGGUGGACCGCAUGAGCACACAGGAACUUUCGCAAGCUAUAUCAUCGACCUCGAUCUUCGCGCGAACCAGCCCCGAUCACAAGAUGAAGAUUGUGCGUGCGCUGCAAGCUCGGGGAGAUGUGGUAGCGAUGACUGGGGAUGGUGUGAAUGAUGCACCGGCUCUGAAGAAGGCGGAUAUUGGUAUCUCGAUGGGCAAGCUGGGCACGGACGUUGCCAAGGAGGCGGCGGAUAUGAUCUUGACGGACGAUGAUUUCUCAACGAUCCUGCGGGCUAUUGAGCAGGGCAAAGGAAUUUUCUAUAAUAUCCAGAACUUCAUCACGUUCCAGCUGAGCACGAGUGUGGCUGCGUUGAGUUUGGUUCUGUUGAGUACGACGUUGGGCUUCAAGAAUCCGCUUAAUGCCAUGCAGAUUCUGUGGAUCAACAUCCUCAUGGAUGGACCUCCAGCCCAAUCUCUAGGCGUCGAACCCGUCGACCCAUCCGUCAUGGGCCGCCCUCCACGCCCCAAACAAGCCCGUGUCCUCACCAAACCCCUAAUCCAACGCGUCCUCACGCAAGCCUCCAUGAUCAUGCUGGGCACACUAGCAAUCUACAUCUACGAAAUGGGCGACGCCGAUACCCUGGGCAAACGCGUGGUAACCGCCCACGACACCACCAUGACUUUCACCUGCUUCGUCCUCUUCGACAUGUUCAACGCACUCACGUGCCGCAGCGAGGGCAAGUCGGUGCUCCGCGGCGAACUAUCACUUUUCGGAAACAAGAUGUUCAAUUACGCGGUUAUGGGCUCGCUUGCGGGGCAGGCGUGUGUGAUCUAUCUGCCCAUGUUGCAGAGUAUUUUCCAGACGGAGGCUCUGGGACUGGGGCAUUUGGUGAAGUUGGUGAUUAUCUCGAGCAGUGUGUUUUGGGUGGACGAGGGGAGGAAACAUAUGAAUGCGAUGAAGAAGAGGAGGGCUGUGGGGGUGGGAUAUAGUGCGAAUGUUUGA